UCAUCCUCUCUUCCUCUCUCUGGAGUUUUCACGUGUCUUCCAUGGAUUCCAAAUCCAACAAUUAGGUCUCAAAUUCUCUCUCUUUCUCUGGAGAUAAACAAACAAGCCCUUCAAAUUUCACUAAGAGGCAGUCAUUUCGCUCAAGAUCCGUACAGUUACACCCCGAUUUUCUUCACAAUUUACCAAAACCCUAGCUUUGAUUUCAUUUAUUCUCUUCGUUUUGUAGCAAUUUUCCCCAAUUUCGUUACCAAGCGGAGAAAACAUUUUAAAUUCGCGCUUGGUUUCGCCUUUUUGCGGUGACGAUCUAGCCACCCAGAGAAACCCUAGUCCAGUUGUUUAUUUAUUUAUUAUUUUUCGCUUUUUUCUAGGUUUUCAGAAUUUUUUAGGGUUUUAGGUUCUGAAUCGCGGCGAUGAACAGUAAUAGAGGUAGGUACCCUCCGGGGAUCGGAGCUGGGAGAGGCGGCGGCAUGAAUGCGAACCCUGCAUUCCAGUCUCGGCCGCCGCAUCAGCAGCAGUAUGUACAGAGGAACCUUUUGCCGAACCAUCAUCACCAGCAGCAGUACUUUCAACAGCAGCAACAACACCAACAGCAACAGCAGCAACAACAGCAACAACAGCAACAGCAGUGGCUCAGGAGAGGCCAGUUGGGUGGGAGUACAAGUGCUGAUUCGGCCGUUGAUGAGGUGGAAAAGACCGUGCAGUCGGAAGCUGUUGACCCAAGUUCACAAGAUUGGAAAGCGAGAUUAAAGAUUCCAGCACCUGAUACACGUUUCAGAACAGAGGAUGUAACUGCAACAAAAGGAAAUGAGUUUGAGGACUACUUUCUGAAACGUGAGCUGCUGAUGGGAAUAUACGAGAAGGGAUUUGAAAGACCAUCUCCUAUUCAGGAAGAAAGUAUUCCAAUUGCUUUAACUGGUAGUGAUAUUCUUGCUAGAGCUAAAAAUGGAACGGGAAAGACAGCUGCUUUUUGCAUCCCUGCUUUGGAAAAAAUUGAUCAAGAUAACAAUGUAAUACAAGUUGUUAUUCUUGUUCCAACUCGUGAGUUAGCUCUUCAAACGUCACAAGUCUGUAAGGAGCUAGGGAAGCAUUUACAAAUUCAAGUUAUGGUUACAACCGGUGGUACCAGCUUAAAGGAUGAUAUCAUGCGUUUAUAUCAACCAGUUCACUUACUUGUUGGAACUCCUGGAAGGAUUUUAGAUCUUGCAAAGAAAGGUGUUUGCAUCUUGAAAGAAUGUUCUAUGCUUGUUAUGGAUGAGGCUGAUAAACUUUUGUCCCCUGAAUUUCAACCUUCAGUAGAGCAGUUGAUCCGCUUCUUACCUUCACAUCGACAGAUUUUGAUGUUUUCAGCUACAUUUCCUGUUACCGUCAAGGACUUUAAGGAUAGGUAUCUGCAAAAACCUUAUGUUAUCAAUCUUAUGGAUGAGCUUACUCUAAAGGGUAUUACACAAUUUUAUGCCUUUGUCGAGGAGAGACAGAAAGUCCACUGCCUAAACACCCUUUUCUCUAAGCUUCAAAUAAACCAGUCAAUCAUAUUCUGUAAUUCUGUGAAUCGGGUAGAAUUGUUGGCCAAGAAAAUAACAGAACUCGGCUAUUCGUGUUUUUAUAUCCAUGCAAAGAUGCUGCAAGACCAUCGUAACAGAGUAUUUCAUGACUUCCGUAAUGGUGCAUGCAGAAAUCUUGUUUGUACUGAUCUUUUUACAAGAGGAAUAGAUAUUCAAGCUGUUAAUGUUGUCAUUAACUUUGAUUUUCCGAAGAACUCGGAGACAUAUCUUCACAGGGUUGGUCGAUCUGGAAGGUUUGGACACCUUGGUUUAGCUGUGAAUUUGAUCACCUAUGAGGACCGUUUCAACUUGUAUAGAAUUGAGCAAGAACUUGGCACUGAGAUAAAGCAAAUUCCUCCCCAUAUUGAUCAGGCAAUUUAUUGCCGGUGAUUGGUGGUAGAAAACGUUGGUGUGACGUCAAUGAUGGGAUGAUGGGGUGCUCUCCAUUCAAGAAGCUGUAGCUCUGGUGGUAGGAAUACUCUGUGAUGCAUCGUCCCUUGAAUUGUGUUUGUGUUCGUAGAUCUGAAACUUUAAUUGGGACCUUGAGAGUUCUUAUGAUUGGCCUAUAGGUACCAAAUAGAUAAUGGGUCCGGUUCAGAACUGCCGUUGUUUUUAUUAACAGACUGGGUUUGUAAUACUUGCUGAGUUGCUGGUGUUCGGGUUUGGCCACCGUUGAACUUCUCAAGGAUAGCUUGUGCAAGCAGGGAAAUGAAAUCUCUGCUUCCUUCUGUGUUCUUUUGUUCUCGUCUGUUUUUCCGGUUUGUUAGCCUUGGUCAGCGUGUUCCAUGCUUUGAAAUAGUUUAAUGUACCCGACUUUGUUGAAUUUCUA